AAAGCGGGGGAGGGCUGAGGGGGCGCUGCCUGUACCGGAAGCGGCCCUCAGAAGUCCUGCAGGAAUAGCGGCCGUCAGCAUAAACAAAAGCGGGGGCGGCGUGGAGCGGCCUAGAGCCGGGCAGCCAAAAGCUUGGUGCUACAGCCAUGUCUUUGUUCUCGUUCUAAAGCAGCAAUUAUGGAAGGAUGUGGGAAAAAAUCAUCUUUAGUUCAACAUAAAUAUCGAAUACCAAAGAAGGUAUCAGAAACACAAUCAGAUGAUGUCCAUGCUCAAUCUCCAUUGUCAAGACUUGCAGAUGCUCAUCAGUGGGAUAAUCCAUUACAAGGGUGGACAUCAAGAUCACAAAACAAGUUUCACCCAAACUGGAAAAGGAAAAGGCACUCAGAGAAGUAUGGCUUUAGUGAUGAAGAAUCUGGAUAUGGGCAACCCAAAGUUAUCUUGACGAAUGUCCUGAAGACGGAAGUAGGAAGAAAAUACACAGAGACACAGCUUAUAACUGAUGCUAAUUUAUCUCAUGGUGCCAAGUUGCAAUCAGAUCAACAAACCCCAUCGUCUGUUGACACUGUAGAGAUAUGGCAAAUAUUCAGUCCUCUUCAUGAAAGCCUUUUUAUAUCUAAAAGGCAACCCAAAGUUAUGUUGACGAAUGUUCUGAGGACGAAAACAGGAAGAAAAUACAUGCAAAAGGAUCUUUUAACUGAUGCUAAUCUAUCUGAUGCUAACAAGCUGCAAUCAGGUGAACAAGCCUCCUCAUCUAUUGCCAGCCUAGGCUCAUGUAAAAAAAUAAGCUCUCAACAAAGAUGUAUUUUAUCUAAAAGAUAUGAAAGAUAUCGGAGAAAGCCAAACAACCAAAACCACUCAAAUAAUUGUGAAAGUAAUAAUGCUUUGUUCACUCUACAAAGAUGUGAUGUGGUGCUAGAAGACUGUAGUGUAAAAAAUAAAGGAGAUUGGCCAGUGAAAGGAAGAAGAGAUUCCAAGAGCAUUUGUCUGAGGGAAGCAAGCUCUCAAAAUAAUGAGAUAAGAAAUAGAAGGAGUGAUACUUUCUUAAAUCAACAGAAUGCAUAUUCACCACCGCCAUGUAAGGAAGAAAGGAGGGAUCAAAUCCAAUCAUCUGUCUGCAAACACCAUACAAACGAUUCUCAGCAGGAAAAUAAUCCCAAGCCUGUGGAAUCGGGUGGGACUCAAAAAAUCACAAGUAAACAAGACAUUCAUGUCAACAGUCCAAAUGAAAAUUCCUCAAACUCUUCUUCCAGCAGAUCUCAGUCUUCUAUCACCAGGAAACACAAGGUGGUUUCACCAGCCACCAAUUCUCCUAGAAAGAAGAAAGUGAAUAUAACUCUGCCUCCAGAAGAGCCACUAAAUGAACCUGAAAGAAAUAAAGACACAACAGAUUCACCUGAUCCAAUUGUCCUGUCUAGUGAUGAAGAAGGAUGUGCUGAAGCAAAAGAACCAGUGUAUUUGCAGACUGAGAAAGGCCAUUCUCCCCUGAAGAAAGAAUCAGAACAAGAAUCUGAAGUGCCUUUGUCAGAAGAGCUAUCAGAGAGCAUAUCUGGAGGCAAAACAGAACAAGUUUCAGAUGAACCACUAAAAUAUCAGCCCUCCACAAACUAUAGCACAUCUAGUGAAAUGAUGGAUCUUGCCUUAGAGAUAGAAUUUGAAAAGGUUUUCUUUGGAAGAUAUAAAGGAAAAGCAACAGGCUGUGCCAGAUUUACACCUGGAUAUGGCAAGAUCCCAUUUGAAGUGGACCCUGGGAAGAAAAUGGAACUGUCACUUGAUUUACUGCAUUUAAGAAGGUUUGGGCUGUGGAUGAACAGUGAUCUGGGGAGUGAGGCUAUUCUUUUCCUUUGGCUGUCACCAGAUUACAUUAAACGGAUUGAAAAGGAAAGAGGAACUUCCAUCUUAAACAAGCAAGACAAAAACACUGAGUUCAUUUUUAUUUUAAUGCCUGAGCCACUUUCAGAAGAGGAGUUUGUCAUGCUGAACAAAAUAAUUGUGGAAGUGAGCAAGAAAAACAUGUCCCCAGAACUCACUGAAUCCUUACUUUGGGAGCAAGCUGUAAAAGAAAUUUCAUGGGAAGAAAACGCCUUCAUGAAUUAUUGCUAUCAGUCAUUUCAGCUGCAAUUACAAAAGGACAAUGCAUCCAUGCCAACAAAGCAGCCAUCACAGCAGGAAUCAAAGGCUAUCCUUGCCAAACCCAAUUACACUCUACUGCAGAAGCAAAGUAAUGGUCUAUAUUCCUUUUCUUUUUCUUCGACGAAAAUGAACAAAUGGAAGGAAUUGACAGAAAAUGGCCCUAUAAAAAACUUGAUCAUUUAUCCUCCUCCACCUGCCAAAGGGGGACUAGGUGUCACAAAAGAGGAUUUGGAAUGUUUAGAAUAUGGAGAAUACCUGAAUGAUGUGAUCAUUGACUUUUACCUUCGGUAUCUGUUAUUGGAAAAGACUCCCAAAGAACUUGCUGACCGCUCACAUAUAUUUAGCAGUUUCUUCUAUAAGUGCCUGACCAGGACAGAAAAAAACUCAGAAGAAGAUCCAAGUCUUUCGAUAGCACAAAGAAGACAUAGAGGAGUAAAAAGGUGGACGCGCUAUGUAAACAUUUUUAGUAAAGACUACAUCUUUGUACCUGUGAAUGAAGAGUCACAUUGGUACAUUGCAAUCAUUUGCUUCCCGUGGCUAGAAGAAGUUAUAUAUGAAGGCUCUCCAGACCAGUGUUCACUUCAGUCAAACUUCCAGAAAGCUCCACAUCAGACAGAAACUAAAACUGAGGAUGUUAGAACAGAAAGUGUCUUGGUUUUCAAUGAUUCCUGGAGUAAUAAAGAGGAACCAUGCAUAAACAGCAACCUACAAGCCAGUGAUGUUCAACCAGCAAUUGUAUCUCCAGGAUUAGAUUCCAGUAUGUCCAAAAGCUCUUCAAACAAUUCCAAAAACAAGAAACUUUGUAAACGGCCAUGCAUCCUCAUCUUAGAUUCUCUGAAGGCAAGCUCUUCAUGGAAUACAGUUCAGGUCUUGAGAGAAUAUCUAGAAGCAGAAUGGGAAGCAAAAUGCAAAACACAUCGGGAGUUCAACAAAUCUGCGAUGGUGGCUUUCUAUCCAAGAGUCCCUAAACAAGAUAAUAGCAGUGACUGUGGAGUAUAUUUACUGCAAUAUGUAGAAACUUUCUUCCAGAACCCUAUUGUUAACUUUGAGUUCCCAAUGCGCUUGGAGCGAUGGUUCCCUCGCCAAUUAGUACGAAGCAAGCGGGAAGAAAUUAGAGACUUGAUCUUACAACUUCACUUGCAGCAGCAGCAGGGCAGCAAAAGCUAGCCAGAUUUUUCUUCUGAUCUUGAGAAACACAAGACUCUUGUCCAGAAAUAUUGGAAAUCCAAUCAGCAGAAGCUACGCUUCCAUCUUUGAAAAAAGGAACAAUUGCAUAAAAUGUUGUAUUUCUGUGUUUGUCUUGGGUUUUAUAUUUGCUUUGUAUUGCAGGCAAUGUAGGCAUAUGAAUUGUAAUUAUUUAAUGUAAAUAUUGGUUAUACUAUCUAAUUGGAUUUUUAUUUUGAAAAUCAGAAGCAUCAUAACAGAAAUCUGCUUCCUUCCAAAUAGAUCCUUAACUGAAAAAUCUGUGCCUGCAUGAGAGAAAGAGAUUGAGAGAGAACCAUAAAGAUACCAUCUUAGGGAUGUUUUCCAUGCUAAAAAGUCAUGCCAUGUGCUCUUUCAGAUACCAUAAAAGAUGUAGAUAAAAGGUUUUAUAUUUAUAGUUAAUAUAGGAGAAUAUCCGCUUCAGAGUACUUGACAUAUAUUGGCUUUUUUCAGAUGCUGAUGCCCACUAAAGCGUUCUGUUUUUCAUUUCUAAAACUUGGAAAUUAGGAGAUUACUUUUUGGACUACAGCUUCCAUAAUACCACAGCUGCCAUGACCAUUGGCCAUGCUGGGGUAUGAGAUUCUGGGAUUUAUAGAUCACAAACUAUUUUUGCCAAGUUCUACUAAAAUUUAAGAACAGAGUAUGGAUCGAUGCCAAAAAUGUAAUGAGCUUUAUACAGGGUGCAAAGGAAGGCAAAGUUGAUGUCACUUUUUUCCAUGUAUGAUGAUAACUUACACCAGAUUUAAAGUCCUAUUCUUUCUGCUGUGCAGCACUUAGUAUGAAUACUGUGUAUUUUAAUAUAUACUAAUACAAGGCCCUGUGGUCUUUGCUAUAUUGGGUGCAGCUUUAGCUUACAGCUAGCAAAGUGUCAUCCUUCUAAAAGUUGUUAGUGUUUUGUGAUAUUUAUCUCAAGAGUGAGAAAUAGGCGCUUUUCCGCAGUCCUGUGCUCAGAGCUGGGAGUAAGUCCCAGUCAACUCUCGUAAACCAGCUGAUGUUCAUAAUGUAAACAAAUGUUAUGUAAAGAAUAACCUUGAUUUUAAAACAAAAGUUCACUUUGUUGCUCAAAAGAUUUAUCAUGGUUAGAGACAUUAUGUAUUGAAAAGCAGAAUACUUGUGAAUCUCUCAAGUAUUCACACUUGUUGCUAAAGCUAUUCAUGGAAUAGAUAUAAAGAAUUAAAGCUUUGUGAAGUGGUUCCAUAUUUAAAUCUGGAUUGGGUCCAUAUUUGAUAAACUAACUGAAUAAAUUCAGAUAUUUUUUCAAAAA